AUAGCUUGCUCGAAAUCAAAGAAUAUAAUCAAAAUGGUGUCCGAAUUCAGAAAGAAGAAACUUUUGUAUCUCUUCAAGAUCUUCUUCGACGCUGACGGUAGUGGCACAGUCACGAAGAAGGACUUUGACCUAACGAUUGAAAGGAUCGCCAAAGCGAAAGAAUGGGCUGUAGGCGACGAAAAAUACAAACAGGCCGAAAAAGCCAUGCUUGAAAUUUGGCAGGGAAUGCAAUUGAAGGCCGAUACGAACAGAGAUGGUGAGAUCUCCGCCGACGAGUGGGUAAAACUCUGGGAAGAUUACUCCAACGACCCAUCCUCUCCAGUUGAUUGGCAGACGUACUACUGCAAAGCGAUCUUCCACAUCCAAGACUCAACAGGUGACGGUAAAAUUGACCGUGACGAAUUCGUCUCAGUUCACGGCUCUUUCGGAUUACCGAAGGAAGAUACCAACAUAGCCUUCGACAAGCUUUCCAAUGGUAAGCCCAGUCUCUCAUGGGAGGACUUCCAAGAGCGCUGGAAGGAGUUCUUCACCUCCGACGAUCCCAACGCCCCUGGAAACUUUAUAUUUGGUAAUCUUAGUUUCUAAUUAUUGUUUUAUUGUAUAUAAGAGGUGAUGAGCUGUGUUUAUUUAUUGUCUUUAAAAGAUUGUUAUAAAUAAAUAUAUUGUUUAAGUA